CCCUGCAGCGAAAGGGCACCAAACCCGCACCGACCCGGACAUGAGUCUGCACCUGUCCAACAGCCCUUUUUGCGACAGUGUCGCGUGCAUCACAGAAGGCACUCAUGAAAGAACCACUCAUUUGAACAAUAGUUGAACCUCACGAUAUGUGCCUCCAAAAGACCAUUCUUUGCUGGAACAAAGAAAGGUUAACGACGCGCACGCUUCGCUUCCGCAGCUAGGCGUGUGCUCAACAGAAUGAUUCAUUUGCGCUCCACAGUAGGCUUAUGUCCAUCGCGAUGGCCCCAAAAUCAGACCGGCCAAGGUUCAGCCUGAGCGAGGAACGACUGCUGGCGCUGCACCACAACCGGGUUGGCUGCAGGUGGACAACGAUAGCUGCCAGCUUUCCCGACAGGAGUGUGCUUGAAAUUAGGAAUGCCUAUCACGCGGCCUCUCGCUCCAAAACUGCGCGGCGUCUCACUUACCUGGUUCACUACGUACGAAACGUGGUCGCCGGCGGUGGGCCCGAGGACGCGGCCGCGCGCGCCAACUACGCUUUCUUCAAGGUAGAGAACCUGCUGCUAAGCGGCCAGCUGACCCGCUCACGGCCGGGUUGGCGCGGCAACAAGUCGGCGGCAGCGGCACUGAAGGCGUCGCGCAAGAACCGUGCGGGUGCCGGCUCUGUCGGGACCGGCCGUGAUGGCGGCGGCGGCACCAGUAGUGACGGCGGGGACUACAGCGACGAAGCAGAGGACGAAGGCGAGGAGAUGCGGGAGCAGGAGGAGGACGAGGCGGCACCCGAAGGGGCGGCGUCGGCAAUGUUACCACUUUUGGGUCCAGGUGGGCUGCUAGGCUGCACGGAUCCCAGCUUGGAGCCUGCCAUUGCCGCGCUGGAAGCAGCAGCCGCUGCCACCAGGGCCAACGGCGGCGCGGCGCGAAGCAGUGAUGCACCCGGCGGCUCGGGCACGAGUGCGGGGCCAAACGGCCUCACCGGACAGCAGGCACUGUGUUCUGGUAAUGCGAGCCCGAUUGCAGCUGCAGCUGAUGCCAGCGCCGGCGGCCGGUGCCAGGGCCCGGCGGUGGGGCUGGAGGGCGGCGGCGCGGACGGAGCCGCAGCUGAUGGCGCGGCCGGUGCCGCCAGCCGUGGGCUGACGGCGAGCGGUAGCAGCCGCGACACUGGCAGGGCACUCUCAUCGGGUGCCGCUGCGGGAGGAGGAGGUGGCAGCGGGGCAGAAGGGGAAGCGCAAUCGGAGGCAACGCGGCGGAAGCGCUCGCUGCAGUCACACCACGAUAUGCAGCUGAAGCGCUUGCGGCUGGCCAGCGUGCAGGUGGAGCCGGAGGAGCAGGCGGGCGCGGCGGCAUACGGUGUAAACGAGACAGAAGCGGGCGCUAGGGGCACUGGUGUUGGCUCCGCGCUCGCUCGGGUCAAGGCCGCGCUAGCAGAGGCCACCGCACGGACUGAACGAGCUGGUUGCGCCGCUGACGCGGAUGAUGGGGACGACAGAAGUUGGGACGGUAACGAUAACGGUAACGGCAACGGCGGUACUGGCGCGCGCUCGCCGGGCCUCCAGCGCCGGCCCUUUGGCUCUGGCCCGGACCUGCUGUCAACGGGCGGUGCCAUCGCUGCCAUCCUCGCGGCGGCGGCGAUACGGCGUGUGUCGGGCGCGCCCAGCAGCACCUGUGUCGGCAGCGGCCAAUACGCCGGUGUCGACGGCGCUGCCGACGAGCUAGGCGGUGUCGGUGGUGCUGGCGACAACCUGAGGAGCCUGCUGGCAGCGGACCAGCCGGCAAACGAGGCUGUGCUGGCGGGAGCCGCGCCGGCGGCGGUGGUGGGCGCGCGCGCCCUGCACCUGGAGGUGUCGCUGCCACCGGCCACUGGAGUGGACGGCCUGGAUGACGACCCAGAGCCGUUGGUGGGGCCUCCGUCCCUGGGGGGCCGGGCAAAGUCGGGCUCGGGUGCAGGCCUGGUGCGCCGUGUGGGGGCUGCCGGCGGCGCUGGCGUUGCCGGCGGGCUGCGGGCAGACGGGCCCCUGCCGCUGUCAGCUGAGCAGUCGGCGCUGGACGCAGCGGCAGCCGGCGGUCGCGUCUCACUGGGUCAGCACCCAGGCCGCGGCGGUGGCCGGGGAAGGGUUGGAGCAGAAAGAUCGGGUAGCGCCGGCAGGCACGCAGGGCCGGAGUGCGACAACCUCUUGGCGCCUGCUCUGGACCCAGUCUGGGCAGGCGCGGGCCGAGCUGCCGCGGCCGCCGCCACAACACCUUCCGCACGCGAUGCACCGCUGCAGCUAGCGGACCGGGAGCGGGCUGCGCCGGAGGCUGCGCUGCCACACAGCGGGCGCUUGCUGUACCGGUCCCGUGAUUCCGGUGGAGCGGUGCCACAGCCGCGCUCGCACCCACACUCGCAGCACGCCGACCUUGGCGACCGGUCGCGUAUGCUCCCGGACCGCGCAUGGGGACGGCGCAGCCAUGUGCACGCGCCCGACGGGCUCGGCUUCAGCGUCGGUGUAAGCGCCGACGGCGAUGCGCCCGACGGCAGGGGCCGGCCGGGCGUCAACUGGCCAGCGCGGCGGCCGCCGAACAGGGAGGGGGCGUCUGCCGGCGCCUAUGAUGCGAAUGGGCCGCAGGACGGCCGUGACUGGCGCCUGAUGAGCCCGCCGCAGGCAGGCUCUGGCAGGCGGCCCGCGGGCUGUGAUGCCGGCCCCAUGCCAGGGGCGGCAGCAAACGGGGGCCCGCCGGCUGGGCAGUCGCCAGCUGCCUUCGGCGCACCAGGUGGCUACCGCGCAGCCCGGGCUGGGAAGGAACCGCUACCGCUGGGGCCGGGGGCGGGUCAAGCCGCGAGGCCUGCUGGCUGGCCUGUGCGGCACACCAGCGGCAGCGCGUCCGACAGGAGCGGCCCGGGCAGCUCGCAGCACCCGCACUUGUUGGGCUCUCCCCAGGACCGGCAAGGCAUGCGCCGCGCCGGCGGCAGAAACGAGCCGAGCCCGCCGCCGCCGCCGCAGGCCAUGCGUUCAUCACACGGACCGGCUGGCGGCUACGGACCAGAGCCCAUGGACUCGACCGGACCGCCGAUCGCCGCGCCUCCCGCAUCCCACGCCGCGGCGCAGCAGGCGAUGCAGAUGCACACACGCGGCCGUGGCGGGCCAGCGGACGGCCCGCGUCCACAGCAGCAGGCGGUGCAGGGCCUGCAGGGGCAACCGCCGCCGAUGCGUCACCGUGACCCCAGUGGCGAUCCCGCGGCUGGCGACUGGAGCCCUGCGUCGCGAGCCCCGGGCUUGGCGCCCGAUGGGCGCGGCCUUCAGCAGCUGUCGCAGCAGCAAAACGCAGCACGUGACUACGGCGCCGCAGGCGGCCGGCACCGCACCGGUCGGCCACCGCCCGAGUACGCUCGGCCGCAUGAUGGCCAAGCCGCAGGCAGCGGCGCCGGACAGGGGCAGCUGUCCAAUGCGGCCGUGUCCGCAGCGGCAGCGGCAGCAGCAGCCGCGACCGCCAAGGCCGCCUCUGACGCCGCCAGCGCCGCUGCGGCGGUGGCUGAGGCUGCUGCGAGGGCAGCUGCGGUGGGCGGCGGUGAAGUUGCUGCCAGCCCCGGCAUCAGCGGCCAUGGGCACGAGCCGGGCGUGUCUGUGCCGCACAUGUGCCACGCCGCAGAGCCGCCGCAUCCUAGCGCUGCGGCCAGCAUCUCCCGCGGCAUGGCGGCUCUGAGGCACGUGGACAUUCACACCAUGUCGGCCGUGGACUUCAUCAUGCUGCUGCUGUCACCGCCCGACAUCCGGGAGGCGCUGGGGCCGGCCUUCAUCCGCAUCGUGACGCACUUCGGCUUCCACUCAUCGCCGGCGCAGCAGGCGCUGCAGCAGCGAGGGUCGGGGUCAGCGUCGGCGCGUCACAUGGGCCGCCACGUGUCGCCUAUGCCGCAGCGGCUGCCCCCGGGGCCCCAUCGCAUGCCAUGUGUCAGCGGCUGCGUGCACGCACGCCGCCACCAGGCGUCAGGGGGGCCGCUGCCUGCGUCUCGGCCGCAUGCGAGCCCGCAGCAGGGGCCGCCAGGCCCUUCGCGGCCGGCGCCAGCCCGGCAGCCACCAAGGAGCCUGUCGCCACAUGGGCAGCCGGAUGGGCGGAUGGGCCUGGGCCCGCCUCCACCGCACUACGCCCGGGCGCAGCGGCCCCAGCACAGCAGCGCACCACUGGUCACCUGUGCGCCACAGUCGCAGCAGCAGCCACAGCAGCAGCAACACGCGCCGCAGUACCAAGCGGCAGUGCAGUACCAGCAGCAGGCGCCGCCGCCGCAACAGCAGCAGCAGCCGCAGCGGCAGGGCUACCCGCCGCAGCCUCCACGCUAUGCCGACCGCGACUCCAAGCCGGAGCCAUCCAUGCAGCAGCAGCCGCAGCGCUACCCGCCGGACGCGGAGUAUGCUCCCUGGGCUUCUGUACACCAGGCCUUGCACUGCGAUGCGGCGAUGGGUGCGCCCCAGCAGCCUGCCUACCGGCCGCGAGAUGCUGCGGAGCCGCGAGGACAACCGCCGCCGGCGCACGCGCACCCGCACGCGCACACGUAUGGACCGCCAGGCACCACCCCGCCUCUGCGCAGGUCGAUGCAGGGCCAGGAUACACAGCUGCAAGGCCGACCGCAACAGCCACCGCGGCAGCAGCAGCAGCAGCAGCAGCAGCAGCAGCAGCCGCAGAGUGACCCCUAUUGGUCAUCUGGUGGUCAGCCGGACCCACGGCCCCAGCCGCUGCAGCAGCAACCGGCGUCCAUGCACGCACAGCAGCGUGGGCGGGUUGGCUCGGACGGCCCUGGCGGCCCAAGGCGCGGACAGGGCUCGGCUGCUGAGUACUACCCGCAGCAGCCGCAGCAACCGCAACAGCCGCAACAGCCGCAACAGCAGCGGCAGGUUUCGUACCCACCUGACCCGGCAGGGCCGCGGCCGUCCGGCCGCGCGGGCUCGGGGCCGCCGCUGCAGCGGCCGCCCUCGCAGCCCUGCCUGCCAUCGGGCAGAGACCAGGACCGUGAUCGCGACCCCUACGUGUCCAUGCAGCAAGCGGGGUGGGCGGACGGCCCGCAGCAGCGGCCGCAUCACUCGCAGCCGCAGCAGGGCUCCGCACCGUGCAUGCUCGACCUGCUGGCAACGCAGGCGCAGGCGCAUGGCGUGCGCGAGGGGUUGCACUCAUCCCCUUCGCCGCGGCUUCAAUCCUUGCCGUACCAGCAGCAGCAGCAGCAGCAGCAACAGCAACAGCAACAGCAACAGCAACAGCAACAGCAGCACCAACAGCAGCAUCGGAUGCAGGCCGCCCGGCAGCAUCAUCAACACCAGCAGCAGCAGCAGCAGCGGUUGGCGGCGGUCGAGGUUGACGCAGAGGUGGCUAGGCUGAAGGAGGAGCCGGAGGACAUUGCGGCGGUGGGCGUCAGUGCCAGGGCGUCACGUGAGCGUGACGACUCCGGCGGGCGCCCUCUCUCGCGCCAACCAUCAUUGCCCCUUCAGCAAAGCCAGGGUCAGGAGGCGUGCCCGCAGAUGCCGCCGCAGCAGGAGCAGAACCAGCGGCAGCAGCAACAACAGCAACAGCAGCUGUCCGAAUCGCCGGCAGAGCAUUGCGCCGGCGGCGCGCUGUCGGAGGUAGAGGCGAGCAUGGCAUGCGCGCGCAUGGAGGCGCUGGCACAGCUCUUGCGCAGACAUGACACCGCCGCCGGGCAAGAGGCGGCGCUCGCUGAUGCUGACGACGCGGAUGCGGAUGCGGAUGCGGCCUCAGCCAGUGAGGAUGGCUCCGCGGGGGCAGCUCGGGGCACGGGCGCGCGUGGAAGCGGGGGCGCUGGUUCGAGUGGCGCACUCCUGGAGAGGCAGCCGUCCCCGUCGCGGCUGGACUUGGAGGCGCUGCAGCUCCGGCUGCAGCUGCAGCGCAGCCAGCAGGCGCAGGAAGACGAGGCGGCAGCGGCGGCUGGGUCUGAGGCGGGGUCAGUAGCGGGCGCGGACGAGCCGCACACACUGCUGCAGCAGCUGCGCCGCCACCUGAUGCAGCGGAGCCGAUGAGUGAUGGAUGUGCGCGCGGUGCUAAGCUGAUGUGGUGGGAGUAGCAAGGUCAGGUGCUGGCGCUGAUUCUGCGGGACACCAAUCACUCUACUGAUGUGCUGUCGUGCGCCAAACAGAAACUAAUGCGUUGAUGCUGUGAAAGCAGACAUCAAAGCGCGUCAGGUCUAACUGCUGAGGUGUAACAAUUUCUGUCU